AAGCAGAGUAUUAAUGCUGUGAGCGGUCUGACAGAUGGACAUCAUUAGUCUAAGAUAGCCAAACUUCAUUUUUCAGAUUUUCAUUGAUACAGGUGGUCUGAAAAACAGCCACAAUGUCUAAGCAGUCGUCAGGAAAGCCGACUCCUAGACACAUGAUCACCCCACCCGGAAUUCAGCUCAAUCCUUCUAUGGUGCACAAAGGGGCAUUAGGUGUGUAUUGCACUGUCCCUAUAGCUGAAAGCCAGCUGUUUGGGCCAUUUGCAGGAGAGGUAAUUCUCGAGGGCGAUGAUGAAGAGGUCAAUUACAGAUUUGCCUGGGAAGUGUACGACCAGAAGACGAACAAGCUGCUGCACAUCAUCAACGCCACGAAGCCGCGGAGUGGCAACUGGAUGAGAUACGUCAACUGUGCACGCUUCUUCGAGGAGCAGAACAUCGUGUCCGUGCAGAACGGAUGUGAGAUUUUCUACAAGGCUAUCCGGCCAAUAUCUGCUGGAGAGGAACUUCUAACAUGGUAUGCUCCUUUUCGUGGCCAAAGUAAACGUCAAGGAAACCGACGGAAACCAGUGGUGCUGGAUGACUCAGGUGUCAAGGAGACCAAGAAAAUAAAGAAGAAAGGAAAAUCUGAUGAACAUUUUGAUGAAAAAAUGAAAUCUCUUCUACUUUACAAAUACCUAACAAAAGAUGGGAAAAUGAACAAGUUGAAAACCGAAAAGAAGCCCAAGGUUUCGACGGAAUCAGAUCAUAAUGAACUGAACACAGAAAAAUCUGAAACUAAAACUACUAGUGACAGAAAGCCAUCGGAAAAAGUUCAGAAAGCCAAAGCAAACGUGAGCAUGACGUCUGAUACAGAGGUGACUCCGAGGUCAAAGGUCACAGGUCAUACAUCCUGGUUAACUCCGGACAUGAUCCUUCAUAGCGAGCAUUCCCCUGACAAAGUUUAUCAGUUUGUUAUUCGCAACGAGCACAAGGUUAAAACUAAAAACGGAGGAACGAUGUAUGCGUGCGACAUCUGUGGUGCUCCGUACAACAGGAUGUUUAGCCUCAAACGACAUGUUAUCAGACAGCACAUAAAUGCGAAAUACCUGACCCUGGCAGACAUCACCAACUGCAUGGUCAAUGUGGUGCAGCAGGAGAAAAACGUCCAAGUGAAAUGCAACUUGAAGAAGACGAGAAAGGCCAAAAGCAUCCCGUCGUCGGGUGACCUUGACAUGCCCGGUCUGUAUAGGUGUUUUGUGUGCGCCACAUUGUUCGAUGCUGCCGAGGAGCUGAGGAAACACGAAUGUGACAAAAAGUAUACGUCCAAGUUACACUGCUGCCCAGUGUGUCCGCUCAAGUUCAUACUGAAGAUUGAUCUCACUCGACACACAAUAAGCCACACUGAAGGAAUUGACACCCCGUUCCCUUGCAAAAUCUGUGGAAAGUCAUUUAUGUCAAGUACAAGUAUGAAAAAACACACCCAGUUCCAUUCGGGAAACAACUUCUCUUGCAAGGUGUGUCCAAGCAGGUUUUCCAGCAUCACAGAACUUCUGAAACACACCAGUAACAAACAUAUACACUCGGCAUCAAAGCAAAGUGUGGGUAUUUUAAAGAAAAGUGUGAUGAAAUCAUCAAAGUCAAAGUUUAAAAUGCACAACAAACAAAAGACUGAGGCGGAAAUGAAUUCUGCAGUGGUAGUAGUUGAUGCUAUUGUAGUGGAUGAAGCGUCCAUCAAACCAACAGCAGCAGCAACAACAGCAGCAACAGCAAAAUCAAGAAAGAAGAAAAAUAGGAAGAUGAAAUUGAUGCAACAUUCCAGCAAGCCAUUUGACAAGAAUUCUGUUUCUGUUGACAAACCAUUUUCAUGUCAAGUUUGUGGCAAAGCAUUUCCCAAUGAAGCAAGGCUGAAGAUGCACGAGAGUUACCACAAAGAUCGAGUGUACACCUGUCGAUUCUGCAGUGUGAAACACGUGAAACUGGCCUGCUACCGGAAACAUCUACAAAGAGUGCAUCCAGAAUCUUUACAGAAUGGUGUCCUAAUUCGAGAUGCAAAUGGUGACAAACAGCAGCGUACUUCUUCUGUUCAGGUGAAACAAGCAAAUAUCACUUCUGUACCUGCACAGCAGAUGUCGCCAGUUUUACCCGAUAAGCAAGAUGCAGAGGAAGAAGAAAAAAAUGUGAUGAAGAAAUGCCCAGUAGAAUGUGAUGAUACGGCUGUUGAAAGUUUCCUGCCAAACCAUGACAGUGAAGAGACUGGUGAAGUGGAAUUAUGGGAAGGAGAAAUAAAGUCGCCAAAAUCUGGGAAGCGAUCACGUUUUAACUUCGCUUGUACUGUGUGCAAGAAAAAAUUCAACUGUUACGUCAACAUGUGUCGACACAGAAGGUUAGCACACAGGACACGGAAAUACGGUCAACCGACUCUUUUAUGUCAACGAGAGGCAGCUAAAUUACGAGAUACUGUUAUCGUCAGCGACUACAUCCCUAUUCCCCCGGAAAUGAACUAUGCAAACGUCGCAGAAAAUAUUGCAACUAAUCUAAACCAUUACCUUGAUGGUGGCCAGGAUGCGAUAGCAUCAUGUCAUAAAUAUAUCAAAACCCUUGGCACAAAUUCUUGUCUCAAAUCCAGAGGAGAGAUGCCAGGGACGGUAACAUGGACAAAGUUUAAUUUUCCUAGUAGUUUCCAACCCUGGGAGGGAGUGGUUGGAUACGAUAUCGAUGAGGAGCUGCUGAAAGUGUAUGAUGAUCUCGAUAUUGACAAGCCUGCUAAGGGACGGAAUAUCCGUCGCAAAUGUAGGGGGGCUAAUCCAGAGGAGAGUUGUUCAGAGAAUUCAAGUGAUGUCAAAAACAGUAGAGUGGCUAAUUUUGAAGCUGACGGCAGUGUUGACAAUGUGCCAAACAUGAAAGUAGAUAAAAGUGUAUGUGAAAGUUUGGAGAAGGAGAAUCCAAGCAAUACUGAAGCUAAAUCUGCCACAGAAUGGAUUCCAAGUGCAAUUGUUAAAUUUCAGGACAAUAUGGAGGAUUGUGCAAUGAGGGCUGAUGCAGCUGCAAAACAAAAUGCUCAGACAACUACUUCUACCAAAACAGAACCACCUGUGAUAAGUGAAUCUGAGAUUAGUGGUGAACAGGCUUUAGUAUCUGGCUGUUUGGACUUAAUCUCAAAAAAGAAUGAUGUGAUAGAAGAUGAUGACAUUCAUAAGAAUGAAAGUAAAGGUCAUCAGUGUGAGGUAACUGUUUUGAGUGAUGAGGAAACUGCUAGAGAUGGCGAUCAGCGAUCUGUUUCCAAGUCUGUACAACCUGUGAAAGUGGAAGACCUUGAUGAGGAUGUUAAGGCAGUCGCUAAAUGUGAGGGCGGUGAAGUAACUCUGAGAAAAGCUUCGGAAGAAACUGCUAGAGAUGGCGAUCAGCGAUCUGUUCCCAAGUCUGUAAAGGUGGAAGAUGAGGAGGUUAAGGCAGUGACUAAAUGUGAAGGCGGUGAAGUAACUGUGUGGAAAGCUUCAGAAGCUGCUAUUGAUCUGGAUGAUCUACCUUCUGAAUCUGAAUCUAAGACUUCAGUUAUUGUUAAAAACAAGGAGGUAAAAGAAACUUUCAAUGCAGAACUUGUAAAAAUUGAAGAAAAUAUUAAGAGUACAGCCUGCCAAAAUGAUGAUGCAUCUUCAUCUGAAUUUCUAGUAAUGUCCAAGGAUAUAUGCGAAGCAGCAAGUAUGGAACCUUUGGAUAAUUCUCAAACUGAAAAUAUCUUUUUUAGACAGAACAGUGAUGGUCCACCUUUGUUGAUGCCAGCUAUGGUUAGAAAUGACAGACGGCAUAGCUCGGGAGAUUCUUCAGAUGAAGGAAGCUUUGGUUCACCACCUCCUCUGUUGUCACCAAAAGAACUAGAUGAUGAGCUUCAGUCACAGAGUGACAGAAAUCAAGAAUGUUUGGAUACUAAGCAAAAAGAUGUUGAAUUUGAUAAAGAAAAAGGUUCUAAUGUAAGGAUACUCGCAGAGAAAGAAAAUGAACAACUGCCUCUUGAUUUAACUUCUGGUGAUCAGCCUUCACUGAGUAAUGAACAAUGUUACUUAAUCUCAUCUAUGAAUAGAUCACAAGACAGUAGUUUGCAGCCGAGACAGUCUAGUGGAAACACAGCUAAUGACACCGUGAAUAACCAUUUUGAACUAGAAGGGAGUGCCAAAGAAAAUCUAGCAGCAGAUACUUUCAUCAAGUUCUGCGAGCAAGAGGAAACAUCUACCAGGACAUAUCCAUGUGAUUCAACUGAUAAUGGUGAUUUUAACAGCAAACAAAACUUAAAUAGACAUUUGUUUCUGGACAAUCAUAUUCAAAAUCAUUCCACGAAGGAAAAGCAAUAUGACAGUGGAGAUAAAGACAAUAUUGCCAAAAAUCCUUUCGUGCCAACACAAAUUGUCAAGAAGCAAAGUGACUGUUUUAUAGCAUCUGCAAUACUUGCUGGUUAUGCUAGAAAGUCGACAAAUGAUCAAAGCAAAAUGGAUAACAUUUGUGAAAGUAUCAACAUGAAUCAAACUGUAGAGACUGAAUCCUCAGCAGAAUAUAGAACCAAAGACAUUUCCUUGGUCACUAAAAGCAAAGAUACCAUCUUACCCAAUGACAACAAUGAUUCUCGCUGCAUCAUGCCUAAAGAUACAUCUGCCAACAGUGACUCACCGACUACUACAGAUAACACCAUCACUACUAAAAGCAAAGAUACCAUCUUACCCAAUGACAACCAUGAUUCUCGCUGCAUCAUGCCUAAAGAUACAUCUGUCAACAGUGACUCACCGACUACUACAGAUAACACCAUCACUACUAAAAGCAAAGAUACCAUCUUACCCAAUGACAACCAUGAUUCUGUCUGCAUGAUGCGUAAAGAUGCAUCUGUCAACAGUGACUCACUAACUACUACAGAUAACACCAUCACUACUAAAAGCAAAGAUACCAUAUUACCCAAUGACAACAAUGAUUCUCUCUGCAUCAUGCCUAAAGAUACAUCUGCCAACAGUGACUCACUGACUACUACAGAUAACACCAUCACUAUUAAAAGCAAAGAUACCAUCUUACCCAAUGACAACAAUGAUUCUCUCUGCAUCAUGCGUAAAGAUACAUCUGCCAACAGUGACUCACCGACUACUACAGAUAACACCAUCACUACUAAAAGCAAAGAUACCAUCUUACCCAAUGACAACAAUGAUUCUCUCUGCAUCAUGCCUAAAGAUACAUCUGCCAACAGUGACUCACUGACUACUACAGAUAACACCAUCACUACUAAAAGCAAAGAUACCAUAUUACCCAAUGACAACAAUGAUUCUCUCUGCAUCAUGCGUAAAGAUACAUCUGCCAACAGUGAGUCACCGACUACUACAGAUAACACCAUCACUACUAAAAGCAAAGAUACCAUCUUACCCAAUGACAACAAUGAUUCUCUCUGCAUCAUGCGUAAAGAUACAUCUGCCAACAGCGAGUCACCGACUACUACAGAUAACACCAUCACUACUGAAGGUAAAGAUACAUCUGCCAACAGUGACUCUCUGACUGCUACAGAUAACACCAUCACUACUGAAGGUAAAGAUACAUCUGCCAACAGUGACUCUCUGACUGCUACAGAUAACACCAUCACUACUGAAGGUAAAGAUACAUCUGCCAACAGUGAUUCUCUGACUGCUACAGAUAACACCAUCACUACUGAAGGUAAAGAUACAUCUGCCAACAGUGAUUCACUGACUACUACAGAUAACACCAUCACUACUGAAGGUAAAGAUACAUCUGCCAACAGUGAUUCACUGACUACUACAGAUAACACCAUCACUACUGAAGGUAAAGAUACAUCUGCCAACAGUGAUUCACUGACUACUACAGAUAACACCAUCACUACUAAAGGUACCUCCAGCGAUUGUUCUGUUACUGCCAUGAAAGAUGAUACCUUUUCUGUUGUAAACCAAAACAGUCAGGAGAUACGAGUCUCUGAGCAAAAUAACAAACAAAGAUGUCAAGGAUACAAAUUGCAUUCACAUCCUGUAAUAAAGAAAAAGAGUAAAAUGUCCAAAGCAAUAAAUUUAGAAAAAAUAGUUGAAAAAAUGAAGGCUACUGAAUCGCACACAGAACGAAAAGAUAUAAAAACAACAAAGGAGCCAUCAAUGAAUGGAAGUAAUUUUGUUUGCUCCAAAAAUGUUUGUUCUAUGCAAUCAGAAAAUGAUGGAGCUGUUGUUUCUCGGGUUAAUGAAGUGGAAUAUCUGUUUAAACAUUGUGAUUGUCAAGAGAAAGAUGCUCUUGAAGUGUCAUCACAAACUGUAGACAAGAUUCUAGCAGACGCCGAGAAAUCUAAUUCUGUCAAUAACCAUGAAGUGAAACAUGAUGUAGACAUGAUUUCCAAAUGUCCUGAUCAUGAUAAGUUUAAACAAUCCAAGAUAUAUGAGGAUGAUACAACCAAAAAUACAACUUGUGAAAAACUGUUUGAUCAUGUGACUGUUUUGGAUAGGGAUACAAAGGUUGCAGACCAAAAUAGAGAUUCAAAAGAACAUGAGAUCAUGGCAAUAAGAAAUGAUGAAGGUUUAAGUUCUUCUGUAGUAAAAGAUGAGAAUGUAUUUGAUAAACCUUUUGAAAAAGUCAUUGAGAUAAAUAAUCUAACCAAUUCUGACGGACUAUUAGAACAGAACAAACUAGAGGUAACAUCGAAAACUACAAAAUGUGUUUUGAAGAAGAAUGAGCUAGAUUUUGUGGAUUUUUCUAAUGAAAAUAACACUUGGAAACCAUCUGAUAACAACAAUCAUAAUGAUGACUGUAGGAACCACUUGAAGAAAGAAGCCACCUUGUCUUUAGAACAUGAACAGAAUAAUUUAUUUCCAGAUUCCACAAAAAUGAUUCCUCAGAUUCCUUCAUUAGAGUCUGAUGACAAAGUGCCAAAUGCAUCCAAUAGAUGUACUUGUGGCUCUGACACAAAGAUGGAUACCACGAGGGAAGCAAAAUUGGGUUUCAAAAAUAGCUCAAAUAGAGAUUCUGUUUGUCUGUUGGUCGACUGCCAUAAAAUAUUAACAUCAUCUGUGAUAUCUGACAAGAAUGAGCCAUGCAGAAAAUCAUUAACAGAUUCUGAUAAUCAGAAUUGUGCAGAUGAUGUUGUGACUCCAUUAUCUGAUGACUCAAACACUCACAACAAAAAUGUUGUUGCAUUAACAUUGGAAAACUUGCCAAAUGAAUUAAAAUGUCAGAAUUUCGAAUCAAAUAGUGUAAUAUCCAUGAUAUUUAGUGAGAAGAACUUACAGUCACAGUUUCCUCCCUCUAAAGAAAACAAUGUGGCUGUUCCAGUACCUGAAAGUCCAACUGGGUCACUCUCUGAAGACAGUAAUGAAUUGGUAAGAAAAAAUUCUGAAGCCAAGAAUGCAAGGACUACCCAAUCUGAGAACAGUGAAUUAGAAACUAAUGCAAGGCAGGCAUCAGAUACACAUUCCAUCUUGCUCAAGCACAAUUGUUCCAAGCAGCCUGAAGAAGAGAUGAGUCGAUCAAAAAAUAUUUUUAAGGUGGACGAAGAUCAUUCCACAUCAUCUGAAUUUGUAAACAUUGACAGUGGUCCAUCUUUUAGUGAUGCCAAAGAACUAGACUGUCUUUCUGCUUCAACAUUCUCAAGUGAAAAGAAAGUGUUUGAAAGCAGUAACAAACUAUGUGAUAAUCCAUUUGAAUCAUCCACCAUCAACAACAGUUCACUCAUAGAAAAAGCCACUGAAUCAUCUAUCAUUCAAAAUGAUGUACUGUUAGAAAAGACUAGUCAUACAUCUAGUCUGUUGGAAUCAUCGACCAUCGAAAAAGACUUGCCACUGGAAACUGUAGGUUCAUCUGAACAUUCUAUCAUGAACAGUGAUGUAUCUGUGAAAAUGUCCAACAUGAAUCCUGCUUCAUCAGAGUCUAGUAUCAUUCACAAAGAUGUCUUUGUAAAAGAGACGUAUGGAUCUUCUUGUUCAUUGGAAUAUUCUGCCAUCCAUAAAAAUCUACCACUAGAAAAGAACAAUUCUCUCAUCCAUGAAGAUCUGCCUGUAAGAGAUUUACUAGCAAUGACUGAUGAGUUUUCUGGUUCACCUAAAUCUUCUGUCAUCCACAAAGACCCAGCUAUAAAAAAAAUUAACGACAUGUCCAGUUCAUCUGAAUCUUCUAUCAUCCACACAGAUUCACUUGUAAAAGGUUUACCAGUUGAAAGCAGCAACAAGCUUUCUAGUCCAUCUGAAUCAAUCAUCAUAGACAGCGAUUUACCUGCAGAUAAAUCCAGUGAAUCUUCCAGUUCAUUUGAAUCACAUACAUUGGACAAAGAUUUACCCUUAGACGAGACCAGUGAACCGGGCGAGUCUGAACACAAUGAGAAACUAUGCAAUAAGUCCAUAUCAUUUGAAACUAAAACUUCAAACAGCAUUCCAAUCAAUUUACAUCAGAACAAAAACAUUGAUUCUUUAGCUAGUAAUAAGGUGACUAGUAAUAAGGUGACUGCCACAGGUAAUUCCAGGAUCUCACUGAGUAUUGACAAACUGCCUGAGAGUAUAGGUGACUGUAAAGACAAGUUACCUCAAUCUGUAGGCAACUCUCAAUGCAAGCUACCUGAUUCUAUAGAUGGUGACUCUCAAAAGCUAGCUGAUUCUAUAGAUGGUGACUCUCAAGAGAAACUAUCUGAUUCUAUAGAUGGUGACUCUCAAAAGAAACUAUCUGAUUCUAUAGAUGGUGACUCCCAAAAGCUAGCUGAUUCUAUAGAUGGUGACUCUCAAAAGAAACUAUAUGAUUAUAUAGAUGGUGACUCUCAAAAGAAAUUACCUGAUUCUAUAGAUGGUGACUCUCAAAAUAAAUUAAAUAAUUCUAUAGAUGGUGAUUCUUUAAAAUCACAUGCCUCUGAAGGUGACUCCGUGAAAGAUAAAGUAGAUCAACUAAGUGAUAACGAACAUACCAUGUGUGGCCUUGCUGAUCCUCCAUCUCUCGGAGAUUCUAACUCUUCUCUUGUACCUAGAGGUGACCCAUCUACCUCUGGAGUCAUUCACCUUUCUGGUAAAUGUGAUGCAAGUGCUAAUGACAAUUUAGUUGAAAACAAUCCCAGCAAAGAUUGUCAUGAACAUGACAUGGCUGUCGGAGAAAAAACGUGUUGUAAUAGUUGUUUAUUAGAAACGUUGAAAGAGUGUACAUUUGCAAGAACGGAACUGUCUGAUUUAGAUUGUAAAGUUGGAAGUAAUAUGGAAAACAUUCAGAGUAUUGAUCUAGUGGAAAAUGUUGAUGCAAUGUCGAAACCAGUACCAGAUGAGUUGCAGUUUGAGCGUGUUAACUUGCUGAAGAAUCUAUAUCUGCAGCAGAAUGGUACUGCUAAUUCCAGUACAGAAGCAGAUAUUGUUACUAAUGACGACAGUGUUUCUGGUCUAGAAUCUGCGUCCAUCUUGUCUACUUCAAACAUGUUCCGGCACUUCCUCCGGCCCACUGAAGACCCUUUACAGAACUAUGAGCACGUUAUGUUUGGAAAGCAAGGAAAGAUUGUUUGUGUGUGUGCUAUUUGUAGGAGACAGUUCUUGUCAGUUGAUUUGCUGUUGCGUCACCACUGGAAGAAACACCCAUCGAUCGAUUUCAAAUUCAUUGAAGUGGAACAGGGAAGUGAUGUUGAUCUCCUGUACUUCCCAUGGCCGUGUAAUUUCGGUCUGUUGGCCUCAGCUUUACCUAUAGCUGAAGACUACCGGAGUCUAGGCAUCUACAAAUGUACCAGGUGUGCCAGCAAGUUCAAAAACAUCAACCGUCUGCAUGUUCACAUCAUAAACUGUGACCCAAACCGCGAACCUGUGAUCCCAAACAGCAAAAAGAAAAGGAUUCAGAAAAGAAUGAGAGCGAAAAUGGUUGAGUUUAAAGAAAAAGAAGCUCAGGUACAAAAUAACUUGAAUUCAAUGUUGACAGAUUCGAGUCAGAGAGAGGCGAAACACGAGCCCAGGGGGUUCACAGGUUGUAGGAAGAGAAGAAUGAUCAGGAAUAACGUGGACGCUGUGAUAAAGAUCCGAAAGAAGAGAAACUACGAGCUGCUGUACAAUCCACACAACCACGUGCGACGGCGUGAGAUGAUCAGCCUGCUGGACACGCAUCAGUGCAGCGGCUGCAAGGCCAAGUUCAAGACUCUGCACCUGCUGGAACGCCACGCCACCAAGUGCUCCAACAAGGAGACGCUGCAGAGCCUGAAGCCAGUGCAGAACAAGUUCAUUGAUGAGGUCACGCAGAAACGGAGACACAUCUGUCACUACUGUUCAAAACACUUUAUUUACCUUAAGAGUCUGGCCAAUCACUACAGGGCUUUCUGUCCCGUGAGAAAGGAGAAGAGACGUAACGGGCAGAUAACUGACGAUGAUCUGGAUCAUGAAAAGCAGGCGAGAACACAGUUGGAAUCCCAGGAACAGGAAGUGGAGCAGGACAAGACGGAUGGAAAGAAGAGAAAAGGUGGCUGGCCAAAAGGAAUGAAAAGGAAGAAAGGACGGAAAAAGAGGACAUGGACAAUUGUGAAGAGACGAAAACCAAGCUCUCCGGAGAGUGAGGGAGCUCAUGAAAUUAUAUCCAGUCCACUGUGGAAUCUGGAUCUGUACCAAGACUACAGUGAGGUGCUUGCUACUGAUGAGCCUAAGGAGGAGGAGGUAAAUAAAUCACAGACAGACAUGGACAAAGAUGAUGAUGAUGUGUCCAAGAUGCAAUCGUCCACAAAUAUUACUGUCAGUGAUAUGCAGGAAACUCCAGAACAAAAGAAUGUAACUCUGAAAAAAUCAGCUUCAAAAGCAAAAGGUUCAAAUAUGAAAAAGAAUCUUCAAGAAUCAACCAAGAAGGUUUCUAGAGGUACUGGCAAGUCUCCUGGUUUAAGUGCUACAAGGAAGUUGUACACGGAGGACAAGCUUAGUGCAGAAGACAACACAAGUUCUGAAGUUGGUGCUAAGUCCAAGGAUCCUACCCAUGAACCUUUGAUUGGGAACAAGAAGAAGCAAAAAAUUGUCAAAUCCAAACCAGUGAAAAAAGUCAAACAAAUUGGCAGUCUUCUAAAUUCCGAGUUGCCUGAAAAGAAGAAACGUUUAGGAAACAAAUCUGCAAGCAGUUUAAAGAUCAAAAAAGAAAAGUAUCGAAAUGGAAAUGAAGAUAAACUUGAAGAUAAAGUAGAUACAUUACCUUUAGUCAAUGCACCAGAUUCUAUAACUGAACCUCUCUCUGCUGGUGCAGGAAAGAAAUCCUUGUCAAAAGGUCAUGGCAACCUCCCAAAAGUUGAAAAUAAUUAUCUUGACACCGCAGAUGACACUUCUGAAGAAAUGUUGUUAAAAAAGACCAAAAAUAAAACAAUUUCCAAGAAGAAGACAGCUGAUAAAUUGCAUUGUACUAAAAACAUUCUGAAGAAAUCUAAAAAUGCUCGUGGUGGCAUCCAGAAAAUGGUUGAUUGUUUUGUGGAGGAAGGGAUAGUUUCUGUCAAGACUUUGAAAAAAACUUUAGGUACAAAGACAAAACAGAUCAAGUCAGUUCCAAAGAAAAAGGCAUCAUCAGAUAUGACACAGAAGCCUGAUCCUUCUAACUCCAGCAUCCAUGAACUACCUGUCAUUAUUGCAAAAAAUAAAAAUACAUCAGUUGUAAAGAUUUUUAAGGUUGAUACAUCAAAUGAAUUGUUUGCCAAAAAAGGACAGAAAAAGAGAUUGAAGGUUUUGUCUCAAAGCACACCCACAGUGAUUAAAAGCAUUUCCAGGAAGAAAAGUCCAGUUGUGAAUAAAUCUAAGAAAAAAAUUCUACAGUUGAAAGACAAUUUAUUGGAGAUAGUAGGUGAUGAAUUGGCUGAGGAUAAAGAAGGUUCUUUCAGUAAUGGUAGCAAUAUGGGCGACUCCUUGCUUCAAAAAUGUGAUAAAACUUCGGAUCAAACUGCCACAUCUGCUUGCAGUGAAACCAAGUUGGUAUUGACAUCAAAAUUUGCCUGUAAAACUGCCAGCAGGACCAAGCUUUCUCCUUGUAGCAAGGCAAGACUGGCAUCUGGGAAACAGAAAGGAAAACCCAGCCCCAGAACAGCGGUCCCAGCUAACAUGCUUUGUGGUAGUGUGUUGUCGGUGACCCCCGAAACCCAGUCAAUAGCCAGCCCCCAAAAAUCACCCAAGAAGCUUGCAUCUGGUGCUAAAUGCACCAUCUCUGAAACUCUGGAUGAAGUGGCCUCAAAUUGGCAAGGGAAACCUACAGGCAAAUCGCCAAAUUCACCCAAGUGCAAAGCAAUAAAGCGACUGUUCCAGGAUAGACGCAGUAGGAGUCCUAGUCCUAAUAUUAAUAUAGAUACUGUUUUCAAGAAGCGGAAACCAAACUCGGUGUCAAAGGUACAAAAUAAAAGUUUUGUGAAUUCCAGAGGUCUGGCAGUGAAGCAGAAGAGUCCCCAAAAAACAUCGCCAGUCCGAGCCAGGAAGAUGAAAAACAUUCACAUUUAAAGGCAUAUUGUCACAGACCACUGACGUAUUUAAAGGCAUAUUGUCACAGACCACUGACCUAUUUAAUGGCAUAUUGUCACAGAGCACUGACCUAUUUAAUGGCAUAUUGUC